AUGGCCCGGCCCCGCACCUGCCCCGCGCCCUGUCAGCGCCCCCGGCCCUGCCCCGGCCCUGGCACCCGCCGGGCGAUCCCGCAGCGCCGGCCCUUCCCGGGAUCCGUCGGGAUGAUCGCCCCCCGUGCGGGAGCCCUCCCGGAGCCCCGGCCCCGGGUGCCGCCGCUGCUCGCCUGGAAGUCAAAUCCCCAAUUUCAUUUUAUAAUUGGUUGACUAAACCGAAGGGCGGGGAGGAGGAGGACUGGUUAAUGAAAAGUUUUCGUGUUUUCCUCGCGCUGGGCUCGUGUAACUGGUUAAUAACCGGUGCUGCUGCGAGCGGGGUGGAAUCCAGGGAUUCUGGAUGGGGGAAUAGCGCUUAAAUUAUGGACGGCCUCGGGUGGUCGUGGGGACCCCAGGACCAGCCGCAGAGUGGGAAUAAACAGCGGCCGGCGGCGCUUGUGGGUCUGGAGGCAGCGCUGGUGGCUGGGGCUGCCGCCGGUUCCCCUCCAGCCGUGCCCUUGGAGCUCCCCUUUUAUUUAUCCCGAGUAGAAUUGGAGCCAGCCGCAAUCCUCGUGCUUCCAAAUAAAAUGUCACUUGUCCUCGCUUAGCUACCGAGCGGCGUUUUUCCUUAACUUGCCUGACUUUCUCCCGAGCCCGGACGAGCGAUGUGUGACCUUGAUAACAAUGUCCAUGUUCAAAUUAGUGACAAUCCCACGAGAGGCGAAAGGCUCCGGGGAGGGUAUUUUUGGAUGUGUGUAGGCUUCCUAUCAACCCUUGAGCGAUUUCUCUCCCUGACUGCGUGUAGCCCCUCGGAGCACAGUUUGCAAAGGCAAAACAUCUCUCUAUAUGUUUACUUGGCGCAGGCACUGUUGAUUAUCCCUGCGUUCCAGGCUGUGCUGUUGUACGUGAGCCGUUUCCCGGCGAGAACACGCUGGGACGCCCAGGCUGGGGCAGCUGAUACUGCUGAUGUUGUUGCUCGCUUUGGCAAUCGCUCGUUGUGUGAGCGAUUAGGAAUAUAUCGCUCGUGGCAGGGGGAGACGGCUGCCUGCUCCUAUCUGCCGCCUGCCUUUCGGGGCUGCUGCUGGAGCCGUGCUUUUCCAAAACAUCCUCCAUGCAGUGCUGUUCCCGGCGUGUCUCCCAGCACACACUGGUUAACGCAGCCUUUCCUGUUUGGGCAGCUCUGUCAGUGUUGGCGGGAGCGCGCUCUGCUCAAAUUGUCAGAAACUGAAAGUACAAGCGAUGACCGGGUUCGGUUUUCCUCGCCAAAUAUUAACUCGUGUCCGUCCCCCCCCACCCUCCACCUCCCUCUCCGAGCGGGUUGUGUGAAGCGGAGGUUAAAGAUUACGCGGGGUAGGGAUUGUUCUGGGAGGGAGGGAUGGUUUUAUGUCCGUUCACAGAGAUUCCUACGGGCUUAAAAACCGAAUAACCGAACCCCCCGCCCUUUAUUUUAAGGGUGAAACGUGUGUUUUGCAGCAUGGGAAAUAAGGAUUUAGUUGAUUUGGGAGAACUUGAGCAGCUGUUUUUGAGGAUGGCAGAAUAAAUAGAAUUUCUUCUCAGUUAAUCAGAAAUGCGGAUGGUGGUGGGCGGGGGAUGUGUGUGUGUGUGUGUGUGAUCCCCCCAUGUACUGAGAAAUACCACAACCCCCAAACAUCCUGCUCUUAAACCGUCCGCUUGGCACUGCCAGCCUUCCCAGAGCGAUUCCCGAGUGGGUGUUUCACCCGGAGCCGAGCAGCAUCGCGCCCCGGGAGCUCCGGGGCAGCGGAGCGCUGCGGCGCGGCCAAGGCGUGCUCGCACACACGCACGCCCCGGCGCUGGCCGCGGCUGCGGCUGAGCCCUGGGGCUCUGCAAACAAAUCCCCGUGUCCGUGGCAGCGCUUGGCCUGCUGACAUCGUGCUCUGCUGAACUGCAGCCGCGCUUUCCCCGCGCUGGCGCGGCCCCGAGCUGCCGGCAGAGCUCGGCUCGCUUUGACGUAAGCAGAACAUUUCUUAGUUUCACCGCCCGUGGUUCCGAGGAAGCAAGGUGGGAUAGCUGAGGGAAGGGAGAAGAAAAAAAAAAAACAACAAACAAAAAACCAAAAACACACCACGCUGAUUCAAGGAGUUUUAUUUAGCAGCGUUCUGGUUGCUUCCUGUUGUACUCUCGAGAUGUGCUUUCCGAGGAGGGCUGUAGGGAAAGGGAACGGGAAACUCACGGUGCCGGCAGGUUAUUUUUGGUGAGAGCAGCGGCAGUGGCACGGAGUCAUCUUUCCCAACAUCCGAGGCUCUGUAGUGUGAACCUGCUGCGUGCCCGGGCUCCGCGGUGUGAUGUAACCGUGCCUUGAGUAACUUGGCUAUUUUUAUGCUCUUACUACAUCUUAAAUUAGCGGCGUCAGUGUUGCUGCGUUGAAGGCUGAUCUCUCCUAUUAAUGGACGCCUGGGUUAAUACCGCGUCUCUAUUGCUGGGCCGCUGCUUAUUUCGUGUAUAAUAGGAAAAGUGGGGUCUCUCCAGACUGCUGAGUCCGGAUAAUAGCCCGGCUGACAACCCGGCGCUUGUUGGGAUGCUAAAAGAGCCGGGGAGGCUGAUGUGAAACAUGUAUUUCCCUCCGAGUCUAAUUAGGGCCGUGGGAGGAGAGAGAGCGGCGGCGGUGGUGCAGCUCCAGCCUCCCACUGGCUUCCACACAAAACUGAAAGUGCGGCUCCUUCCCCCGCCUUCCGCCGCCUCAAAGGAAAGGCCACGGUGCCCUAAUGAAGCCGUGGUGAGCCGUGCUGGCCGUGCCACACUGUGAUGAGUAAGUUGAAUAGUGCAUGGACAAACACCACGAUGCUGCUCAUGAAAUUAUUGAGACAAUUCGGUGGGUCUGUGAAGAAAUCCCAGAUCUCAAGCUUGCCAUGGAAAACUAUGUUUUAAUUGACUAUGAUACAAAAAGCUUUGAGAGCAUGCAGAGACUGUGUGACAAGUACAACCGAGCCAUUGACAGCAUCCACCAGUUGUGGAAGGGGACGACGCAGCCCAUGAAGCUGAACACGCGUCCCUCCAACGGGCUCCUGAGGCACAUCCUGCAGCAGGUCUACAACCACUCGGUCACUGACCCUGAGAAACUCAACAACUACGAGCCCUUCUCCCCCGAGGUCUACGGAGAAACCUCCUUUGACUUGGUGGCCCAAAUGAUCGAUGAGAUUAAAAUGACAGAGGAUGAUUUGUUCGUUGACUUGGGCAGUGGUGUGGGGCAGGUGGUGCUUCAAGUGGCUGCAGCCACAAACUGCAAACAUCACUACGGAGUGGAGAAAGCUGAUAUUCCAGCCAAGUACGCCGAGACGAUGGACAGAGAGUUCAGAAAAUGGAUGAAAUGGUAUGGGAAGAAACAUGCAGAAUACACACUGGAAAGAGGUGACUUCCUCUCAGAAGAAUGGAGGGAGAGGAUUGCAAACACAAGUGUUAUUUUUGUGAAUAACUUUGCCUUCGGGCCCGAGGUGGAUCACCAGCUGAAGGAGCGCUUUGCAAACAUGAAGGAAGGUGGGAGAAUUGUGUCCUCGAAACCUUUUGCACCUCUAAAUUUUAGAAUUAACAGUCGAAACUUGAGUGAUAUUGGCACUAUCAUGAGGGUUGUGGAGCUGUCACCACUGAAGGGCUCUGUGUCCUGGACGGGGAAGCCAGUCUCCUACUACCUGCACACCAUUGACAGAACCAUACUUGAAAACUAUUUUUCUAGUCUCAAAAAUCCAAAACUCAGGGAGGAACAAGAGGCAGCUAGACGUCGUCAACAAAGAGAAAACAAAAGUAACACAACAACUCCAACGAAGGUCCAAGAAAACAAGGAUUCUGGUGCUGAAGAUGAAAAAGCUGCAGCAAAUUCUGUUAAAAAGCCAUCUCCCUCCAAGGCGAGGAAGAAGAAGCUGAGUAAGAAGGGCAGGAAAAUGGCAGGGAGGAAACGAGGGCGCCCCAAGAAAAUGAACACGGCGAGCACUGAGCGCAAGACCAAGAAGAACCAAACUGCACUGGAACUUCUGCAUGCUCAGACUGUCUCCCAGACAUCUUCAUCCUCUCCUCAGGAUGCCUACAAGUCACCUCAUAGCCCAUAUUACCAACUACCUCCUAAAGUGCAACGGCAUUCGUCCAACCAGCUCCUGGUGACACCCACCCCCCCUGCACUACAGAAGCUGCUAGACUCAUUUAAGAUCCAGUACAUGCAGUUCAUGGCAUACAUGAAAACUCCUCAGUACAAAGCAAGCCUGCAGCAGUUACUGGAGCAGGAAAAGGAGAAGAAUGCUCAGCUGCUGGGGACAGCCCAGCAGUUGUUCACCCACUGCCAGGCCCAGAAAGAGGAAAUCAAACGCCUGUUCCAGCAGAAGCUCGAUGAGCUGGGAGUUAAAGCUCUGACGUACAACGACCUGAUCCAGGCUCAGAAGGAAAUCUCUGCUCACAACCAGCAGCUGAAAGAACAGACAAAACAGCUGGAGAAGGACAACAGUGAACUCAGGAACCAGAGCUUGCAGCUGCUGAAGGCUCGGUGUGAAGAGCUGAAACUGGAUUGGUCAACGCUGUCACUGGAGAACUUGCUGAAAGAGAAGCAGGCCUUGAAGAAUCAGAUUUCUGAGAAGCAAAAGCACUGUUUGGAACUGCAGAUCAGCAUCGUGGAACUCGAGAAGAGUCAGCGGCAGCAGGAGCUGCUGCAGCUCAAGUCCUACACGCCCUCAGAGGAGCCCCUGUCAGUGCCGCUGCACAACAAAAGCCACCUGAGCCGUGAGCCCGAGGCUGAGCAGGGCAGGUUCCAGCUGGAGCUGGAGUGCUCCAAGUUCCCCAUGCCCCACAUCAAUGGCAUGAGCCCCGAGCUGUCCAUGAACGGCCACGCCACCCCCUACGAGCUGCAGCACGCCUUCAGCCGGCCCUCGUCCAAGCAGAACACCCCCCAGUACCCCAACUCCCACCUGGACCAAGACAUCGUGCCCUGCACCCCCAACCACAGCAGCAGGCAGAAGGCAGACAAGGUGACAAGCCUGGCCCUCCCUGACUACACCAGGUUCUCCCCUGCUAAAAUCGCCCUGCGCAGACACUUGAAUCAGGACCACGGAGUCAAUGGAAAAGCCACAGCUAAUGAGAUACAGAGAGCUGAGCAUGUCAAAGAGAAUGGCCUUACAUAUCCAAGCCCUGGAAUUGCAAAUGGCAUAAAGCUGAGUCCUCAGGAAACUCGGCCCUCCUCCCCCGCGGCCUUACCCAGUGCAGGAGAGAAGGUUUUGAGAGAGAGAACCUCUGUGAGUAAUGGAGAAACUAUCACCAGCCUCCCUAUCAGUAUUCCUCUGAGCACAGUGCAGCCCAAUAAACUCCCUGUUAGUAUCCCUCUGGCCAGCGUAGUCCUACCUAGCCGUGUUGAGAAGGUGAGAAGCACACCCAGCCCAGUUCACCAGAGCAGAGACUCAUCGACACUUGAAAAGCAGAUUGGUGCUAGUUCUCAUAAUGGCAUAAGCAAUGCUGCUGGAAACAAGCCUCUGGCUUUGGCUACCUCAGGUUUUUCUUACUCUUCUGGCUCCGUGGCAGUCAAUGGAAAUCUUACAAACAGCCCAGCCCAUCUUAACCAUAGUGUUGAUCAGGCAGCUCUGGACGACUCUGGGAGUCUCUUUAACUCUGUAGGGUCUCGGAGUUCCACUCCACAACAUCCUUUGCUAAUGAUGAGGAACUCUGGGCAGAACUCCCCUGCUCAGCAGCACUCGAGCCCCCGCUUAAGUGGCCCGGCCCAGAGCCUGGCAGGGGGACUGCAGAGUGCAGAGGCUCAGAAGAUCUUUGCCGAAGGAACAAAGGGGGACCCGCAGUGUGAUGCAGCGUUUUCAGAUCCUGAGAACGAGGCCAAGAGGAGAAUCAUCUUUACAAUCUCUCCUAAUACAGGACAUGUAAAACAAUCCCCUUCCAGCAAGCACAGCCCCGUGCCCGGCAGCGGCCGGCCGGAGGGCGGCCAGGCCCACGGGCAGGACGGGAAGAAGCGGGGCCGGCGGAAGAGAUCCAACACUGGGAGUGCCAGCGGGAACGCCGCCGUCUCCCCGAAACGCAAAUCCCUGCCCUCGGUGGCCGGGCUCUUCACGCAGCCCUCGGGGUCGCCCCUCAAUAUCAACUCCAUGGUCAAUAACAUUAACCAGCCCUUAGAAAUAACAGCCAUUUCCUCUCCUGAAAACUCCCUGAAGAACUCUCCUGUUCCUUACCAGGACAAUGACCAGCCCCCAGUGCUGAAAAAAGAGAAGCCCCUCGUUCAGAGCAACGGUGUCCAUUACUCUCCCCUGACAUCGGAUGACGAGCAGGGCUCUGAGGAUGAGCACAAUAGCAGCAGAAUUGAGAGGAAAAUUGCAACAAUAUCAUUGGAAAGCAAAUCUCCACAGAAGACUGUUGAAAAUGGUGGCAGCAUAUCGGGGAGGAAACAAGCACAAAGCAACGAGAACAUGAACAGCAGCAAAUGGAAAUCGACUUUUUCACCGAUAUCUGACAUCAACCUGACCAAAACCACAGACAGCCCCUUGCAGGCCGUGUCAGCUCUGAGCCAGAACUCCCUGUUUGCCUUCAGGCCGCCCUCCGAGGACGGGCUGCCCAUGGACACCAAGGUCCCAGGACACCCCAGGAAGAGCCUGGCAGUGCCCUCGGAUGGACUGAGCCCCGGCACAAACCCUCCCAACGGCUUCAGCUACAACGGGGGCCUGUCCUCCGAGCUGGGCCUGCACGGCUUCAUGGACAGCGCUGCUCUUCCACACAAAGCCGGGGAUGGCUCGGCUCCCAACUGCUCCCUGGGCUUCCCCUCGCAGCGAGGCAAGGACCUGGGCGUGUCAGACACCAACCUGUUCCUGAACAAGAGGCAGCUGGAAGGUCUGGGCACCAAGGGAGAAGAGCUGAGCCGGCCGGGGGCGAAGGGCAAAGAGCUCGGCGAGCUGAGCGCCCGAGCCGGGGGGGCUGUGGAGAAAAACUCUGUGCAGCACAACGGAAAGGUCGGCAAGGGAAGGGACCGAGACGUGGAGUUUAAAAAUGGCCACAACCUUUUCAUUUCUGCUGCUGUUUCGUCUGGUGGCCUUCUGAAUGGUAAAAGCCUUUCUACUGCUGUUUCCUCAGCAGGGAACCCAGCGCCGUCUGUCCCGACGCACCAUCCUUUCCUCAACACUCUGACCACUGGAUCACAGUUCCCCCUCGGCCCCAUGGCCUUGCAAGCAAACCUCAACUCGGUGACAAAUUCCUCAGUAUUGCAGUCCUUAUUUAAUUCAAUGCCAGCUGCUGCCAGUCUGGUCCACGUGUCAUCAGCUGCAACCAGACUGACUAAUUCUCACACUAUGGGGAACUUCUCUCCUGGGGUUACAGGUGGAACAGUUGGAGGUAUUUUUAACCAUGCGGUGCCUUCUGCCUCCUCUCCUCAUCAAUUUGGAGCCAGUUUCAGCAGCAGUGCUGUCUCUAGCAGCACCGUGCUAAGCUUAAACCCUCUGCAGGCUGUUGCCAGCACCUCAUCCUCAUCCUUCCCACCCUCUUCCUCUAAUUUAGUAACAUCUAGUGAGACUAGACCUGCUCAGCACCUCAACAGAGCUCCAGUGCAAUCUGUCUUCCAUCCCCCUCCACCCCCUCCUAACGUGUCCUUGCCUCCCCCUCCUCCUUUACUCGCUUCUAACUCCGAGCCUGCUCUCCUGCAGAACCUGCCCUCCAUCCCUCCUGGCGAGACGUUCCUGCCCUCCUCCUCCUCUGCUCCUGUCCAGUCUAACUCUUCUUUGUCUCUUAAACUGGCUUCUCUCCAGCACAAACCCUCCCGCCCCUCCUUUACCGUCCACCACCCGCCCCUGCCCCGCGUGCUCCCGCAGCCCAACGCCGCUGGCACGGCCGCUAUGUGGGUGACCCUUGGCAUGCAGCCUCCUUAUGCUUCGCACCUUUCGGGGGUUAAGCCACGAUAAAGAGCUUGCUUAGCUAACAGUUCUUGUUUUGUAAGGUAAGGCCAGACACAAAACCAGAGGAGUUUGCGUGCGAGAUGCUCACUGACGCUUCUUCCUUUGCAGAGAGAGGUCGGGGCCGGGCUCCGUGAAACAGGAACCUCUGAAACGGGGAAAAUGAGCCCUAAAAUGGGGGAGAGAAACCUCUAAAAUGGGGAGAGGAAUCUCUAAAAUGUGGGGAGCAAAUCAGCUGGUGGCAGAGGAUGGGAAGUGUCGGUGCUCUCUGUUCUGGGAGUCAGGAUUUCUCGACAAGGAGUGCUCACAGGGGUAACCUGCUCUGCCUCAGGGUUAUGUUCAGGCUGAGGUCUCUUCAUAGAAAGAGAAAGUGUUCUUUCUGGAGGUAGUAACAGGAGGAAAUGUCUAUUUUCCUUGUGGUUUUAUACAGUUUUGGAAGUGGGUGUUGCCCAUCUGAUCCCCUCUCCUCUUGCACAGCCUGUUCAUCCCAAACCAGUCCUUGUCUCUAGCAUUGAGAUGCCCAAAGGUGCCUCUUCGUGACUCUGUGUGACAAUGUGGUGGGCAGUAAAAACUGCCAGUCAACAACAGCUGCUCUAAAUAGUCAUGAAGUUAACAAUCUCUAGGUUAAAAGCUUCAGCUUUGCUUGGAGAGCAAAUUCCUUGGGCCUGCAGUGCAGUGUCCCCUGCAUCACUGGAAACACAACCACAGGUAGCAGAGAAGGGCUGUGACUCCCUGUCACUUCCCUGUGCUGGACUUGCUGCCAGGGCCAGCAGGAACAGCCCCAGCAGAUGUUUAAUUUUUGCUCACAAGCCCUGGGGGCACAGGGAAUGUGCAGGGGGAAGUGGGCUCCACUCUCCACAAAGGCUGUAGGAGAGGAGGGUUCUGGAGGCUGUGUGCAAUUCUCCUGCAGCAGGUAUUUAUUGAACUGUCUCUAGAAUAAACUGUACCACCACAGAGCUGGGUCCUGUGGUUCAUGCAAACACUCUGUGGCAAUCCUGCUGUACCAACUCGUGCUUGCCAAGUGCAUCCAGCGUGCCCAGCCCCAGAGCUGGCUCCGUGCUUUCCUUGUAGGUCUGUGAUGUUGUUGCUGUCCACUGGUACCAAAGCUACGAACGUGGUUGAACACACUUUGCUGCUUAUAAAACUCGAUUACAACAUACCUGAGAGAGCCUCUGUGCAUUGUGUGUAGUGUUUUCCUCAUCAAAUUCCUCCUCAGACACCACAAACCCCUGGUUAGGCUUUUGGGAGGCACGUAAGUAUUGCCAGGUCCUUCCCUGCAGCAAAGGGAGGCUGAGGAAGGGCUUUGUGUGCUAGCAGAGAGGUGGGCUUGGAAAACCCCAAACAGAGAGAGGAUGGGGAUGAAGGAAGAUGGGGAUGAUGAGGAGGGUCAGUGUGUGAGGGCAGUGUGAGAGUCUCUGUUGGAGUUACCUGGAGCUGAGACCACGCUGGACUAGGAUCAAUCAGGUGUGACAGUCCCUGUCACUGGAAAAUACUGAAAAUAGAGACAAAGCACAAAAGGGACUUGUAGAAGAGUAGCUGGGUGUCAAAGCUGGGUUGUGGAGCACAGGAGCAGAACUGGUGGUUGUGAUCCCAAGCCCUGUGACUUAAAGCCA